AUGAUCCGAUACACGGAGGGAUUGCACCUGCUUUUCAAGCUGAAGGGCUCCGUCAUUCCUACAGCUGUGCUUUGCUCGUUGCCUUCAGUGAUCCUGGCAUUUCUGCUGAUCGCCCUCCAACAGAAUGCCGAAGACGAGUUUACCUCUACCAACAUUGCGGGCGACCUGAGCAAGAGCCAGGUUUGGAGCGCGAUGACAGUGACGCUGACCACUUUGAUAAGCUUUCGCACAAGACAAGCUCUGGGGCGCUUCUGGGAGGGGACCGGCUUGAUACACCAGAUGCGAGGCGAGUGGUUUGACUCCGUCAGCUGCCUUCUCUCGUUCUCGAGGCAUGCGCUGGCCACGAAGCAUGAGGAAGUGAUGCAGUUCCGGCACACCCUGGUUCGCUUGACAUCCCUGAUGCACGGCUCGGCCCUCGACGAGAUUAGUGGCAGCAAGGAUGACAGCUACCAGACCAUCGACGUCAUGUCACUGGACUCCGCAACUUUGCGGAUCCUGCGUGACUGCAAGCUGAAGUACGAUUGGAACAAGGUAUGCGCGCUGCAGCACAUGAUCCAGGUUCUCAUCACGCACAAUCUGCGCAUAGGUGUUUUGGACAUUCCACCGCCCAUCCUCUCGCGAGUGUACCAGACUCUGUCGCGAGGGUUUGUGAAUCUGUUGAAUGCCGUGAAGAUCAAGGAUACAAACUUCCCUUUCCCGUGGGCGCAAAUUAUCAUGCUCCUCUUGGUUGUGCACUCUGUUUUCACUCCGUGCGUGGUGACGUCCUUCAUGACGAGCUACCAGUGGGCAAUUCCUGUGACCUUCGUUCCUGUGUUUGGCAUGUUUGCUCUGAACCAGGUGGCUGCGCAGCUCGAAAUGCCCUUUGGUCAGGAUGAUAACGAUCUUCCGCUAGAACACUUCCAGAAGGAGAUGAAUCUCAGCCUGCUCCAGCUGUUGCACGAGAUGUCAGAUCACCUGCCGAGCAUAAAGCCCAACGCCAAGACGCACAUUGACGAAUUGAGGUGCUUCGUUGUUCCUGGGCCCGGCUGUGGUGUGAUGAAGAAGAGUGACAGCAAGGUUUUCGAGACACUAUCUCUGGAAGAGGAUGGUGAAGUGGAAGCCUCGCUUUGUGUGCCCGAGAAAAAGCUGGAAGAGGCGUUGCCAACGCCCUCCGAGGAUAUGGGCGAGAUCAAGGAUGACCUGCCGUCACUGAGGGUCCUCGAGGAGAAAGCUACCCUUCAUCCCGAAGAGCUCAAGCUUGGGGUGGCGGAGCCAGAGGCCACGGUGUACGCCCUUGCUGCUCAGCAUGUGGGUGAGAUCGCGAAGAGCACAGAAGCUUUGAUGGCUUUGGGGCAAUCACUGCCCAUGGCAUUGAGACAACACUCGGAGGCCAUGAGCCGCUUCACGGAAUCCGUCCCACAGAUUUUGGCAAGGAUGGCAAGUUCAGAGCAGCUGACAUCGACAACCGAAGGAUCCUAG